AUGGCGCCUCCCGUGCCGUCCGAAUUUGUCACGUUUGGAGGACGUGUGGUUGAGUGUGGGGUGUCGGACGAUGCCACACAAAAGACGUUUGAGAAUGCUAUAUCCAAGUCCCGCUUCCAAACAGUCUUCGCUGCACACGAUCGACCUUUGAUGGUGGGCUUAGAUUUCGAAUGGAAGCCUGACAAGGGUGUUUCAGAGAACAACCCUAUAGCUGUAAUGCAGUUUGCCUGUUGGGACACAGUAGUUAUUAUCCGGACUCUGGGUUGUUCAGAGCUGCCUGGGUGGCUGCAGAGCUUUUUGGAGUCAGGUGAUGAUGUGAUCAAAGUGGUUGCAAGCUUCGACAGCGCAGACAAGGCGAAGCUUGCCAUGAGCUUCGGAUGGGAUUUUGACUCCAGAUCAGUGAAAGCAUCCUACUGGGACAUUGCUGAGCUUGCGGGUGCGCGCAGCAUUCCGCAUGGGCUCUUCAAAAUGGCGCAGCAUUUUGAGAUCCCAAUACAGAAGCUCAAAUCGGUAGGCACUUCAAACUGGGCACGUGCUAGCUUAAGUCCAGAGCAGCGAGCAUACGCUGCUGACGAUGCAUUCUUCCAGCUAUAUCUUUUGGGCAAGCUUUUGGCUGUUGGACCUGCGUCUUCCGCGGAGGCAAAGCUGCUGGAGGCUUGGCAGGUAAUCAGUCAAAGCCUGGAGGGCUCGAUCAAAACGGUCGACAACUCUGCUUAUCAAGCCAACUUUCUUGCUUUGCGAGAAGUUGUGCGGAAUGCGGUGGAUAUUCUCAGCAAUGCUCUGGGGUCUGGUGGCUGUACCAAUCUCAACGAAAUUCUGAAGUAUAGCGCAGUCAAGAAGGCCGUCGCUGCUCAGAAGCAGUCACCUGUGCAUAUUAACGCACACUUCCUCCGACAAAAUGCGGACAUAUUUGUCAUCUUUUUUCGGGAUGGCCAGUUGCGUGUACGGACCCGUUUGAUAGAAUCAGAUGCCUUGCAGGCGAACGAGCAUGUAAACGAAGAAGGGGAGGAGGAAGUUGCCGAAGCUGGCGAAGUUGGCACUUUGAUCUCCCAAGUUGAAGAACUGCUCGCAGCGUACAAGGCACCGAACGCCAAGAAGCAAAGAGUGCCUGAACCAUGUUGGAUUCCCGCACGCGCUGUUUUAAGCAAGCCCCAGUGCGCACGGCUGGAGUUGUGCCUGAGUCGCUGCACAGCUACUUUUGAGUCGAUCGAAACAUGCUACGACGCAGAAGAUGGCUUAUUGCUUCGCUUGGUGCGCCACCCGCGUGCUCCAGAUGAUAUGGAGUACAUGGAGAGGAGCGCUCAAGGUCUUGCCGAUGCUGUGCAAAUCGGCGCCGAAGAAGCAAGGCGCCGCUUGGGCUCCGACGAUAAGUUUAUGCAGUUCUGGAGCUUGCUCCGUACCGUUGAGAUGAACUCUCCUGAAGAACGUUCAAUCGCCACAAGUCUGCGUGCUCGAGUUCGCAUCCAUGCAGAUGCGCACCGACUAGCAGGUCGGAUCUCGAUGGAUGCCAAUGUGGAUGUGUCCUGGCAGGAUGCCAAAGUCAAGCUUGAGCAGGUGAAGUGGUACCGCCAAGUGCUGGCAUGGUCCUUGGAAUGUUCAGGCCAGGGUUACCGGAACCGUUGUAUCUCCGCCAUUUGCUGUCACAGCGCUCUUGCAGGUGGAGGAGAGAGCACGGUGUAUACGGUGUCGAGCGAGAUGCAGGACUGUUUGACGUCGAUCGCCAAGGCUGCGGUCUUGGCUGAUCUGGCGAUGGGCGUUGCAGCAAGAAAGCAUCUGAUACUUAACAAGGAAAGGCUGAGAAAAGGACAAUGA